CUGCGACGAAACACACACACGAAAAUAAUGGCGAUGUUGGCUGGGGACCGCUGGAGGGAUGAGCUCCCUAAUCACGAAAUAUUCUGUAAACUGCAAGAGAGCCGGAAUCUGGAGCCACAGGGGACGAGCAGGAGGAUCGUUAAAAACCUUACGUUUUGCCUGAACGGAGAUUUGUUUGUGUGGGACAAUUUGGAAAGCGUGUUUUAUACAACAAACCUCCGGCAGCUCAACUCCGAGCUUCCUUCACACACGGAGAAAUACCAGACUUUGAUGUGCAUCAACCCACCGCUGUUCGAAGUGUGUCAGGUGCUUCUCAGUCCCACUCAGUAUCAUGUGGCUCUCGUUGGUCAGCGUGGGGCGACAGUGCUGGAGUUACCCCAACGAUGGGGCAAGAAGUCCGAAUUCGAAGGUGGACGCCUCGAGAUCAAUUGCAAGACUAUUCCUGUGGCUGAGCGCUUCUUCACCAGCUUGACCUCUGUGACCUUGCGCCAGGCUGCUUGGUACCCCAGUGAGACGGAGGAGCCCCACCUAGUGCUGCUCACCUCAGACAACACCAUCAGGUUCUACAGUCUUAAAGAGCCUCAGACUCCAGCCCGAAUGCUUCCCGUGUCUCAGUCUGAGGAGGAGACCAGCAUCCACCCAAGAGGGCGCUCGUACGCAGCCUCUCUGGGCGAGAUCGCGGUGGCGUUCGACUUCGGGCCGUUAGUCAGCGCCCCUCGCCACCUCGCCGGUACGCGCCUGAAGGAACACCUGCUGGUUUACCCGUUAUACAUCCUCUAUGGGAACGGGGAAACGUUUCUGAGUUACACGUCUCUCACCUACACUAAUCUCGGGAAGCUCCUGGGUCCUCUACCCAUGUACCCUGCUGCAGAAGAUAAUUACGGAUACGACGCCUGCGCCGUGCUCUGUCUGCCCUGCGUGCCCAACAUCCUGGUGAUCGCAACUGAAGCAGGAAUCCUCUAUCACUGCGUCGUGUUGGAGGCAGAGGGGGAAGAAGACGGUGGAGCCGUAGAGAGGUGGUCGCGAGGAUCCGAGACGGUGCCAUCGCUCUACGUAUUUGAGUGCAUAGAGCUGGAGCUCACUCUCAAACUGGCUGCCGGGGAAGAAGAGGAGCCAGCGGAUUCGGACUUCACCUGCCCGAUCCGAUUACAUGGAGACCCUCUUUGUCAGCACAGGUACCACUGUACACACGAGGCGGGCGUUCACAGUGUAGGACUCACGUGGUUCAACAAACUCCACAAGUUCCUGCAGUCGGAUGAGGAGGAUAAGGACAGCCUGCAGGAGCUGACAGCUGAGCAGCGCUGCAUAGUCGAGCACAUCCUCUGCACCAAACCCCUCGCAAGCAGUUUACCAGCUCCAGUUCGUGGUUUCUGGAUCGUGUCUGAUCUGUCUCUGGGUGCCACCUUGAUCUGCAUCACCAGCACUUACGAGUGUCUCCUGCUUCCUUUGCUUAGUUCUAUACGUCCUCCGUCUCCUCCUCUGCUGUGCUCGCGGGUGGGAGCGGAGGAGACGUCUGUAAGCUCCCCGCUGCGUGGACUGGCUCACGACUCGUUCGAGCAGCACAUCCGGAACAUACUGGCACGCAGCUCCACCAAUCCGCUCAUGCUCAGGUCCGGGGAUAAGGACUCCUCCCCUCCCACUCCAGAGUGUCUGCAGCUACUGAACAGAGCCACGCAGGUCUUUCGGGAGGAGUACAUCCUCAAGCUGGACCUGGCCCGCGAGGAAAUGCAGAAAAGAGUCAAACUGCUGACCAGCCAGAAGAACAAGCAGCUGGAGGACCUCACAAUGUGCCGGGAGGAGAGAAAGAGCCUGAGGGAGGCAGCAGAGCGCCUGGCCGACAAGUACGAGGACGCUAAAUAUCGGCAGGAAGCCAUUAUGAACAGGAUGAAGAAUGUGCUGGGCAGCCUGCGCAGUCAGCUUCCCGUGCUGUCCGACAGCGAGAAGGACAUGAAGAAAGAGCUGCAGACCAUCAACGACCAGCUGCGUCACCUCGACAACAGAAUCACACAGGUGAACAUGAAGAAGGACUACCAGAAGAAGCAGAUGGAUAAAGGCUCGUCUUCGGCCCGAGCCACUAUAACCCUAAACGCCCACCAGAGGAAGUGUGUUCAGGGCGUCUUAAAGGAACAGAGUGAACACAUCGCUGACAUGAUGAAGCAGAUCAAAGACAUCAAGAACCAUUUCAGCUUCUGAAGAGCAGACCGAGAAGCGAGAGCUGUCCACGUCUCACACAUCACACUGUUUUCAGCUCACGGUGCUGGGAUUCCUUUGCAGCUUGUCCGAUGACGACGAGGACGAAAGAUAAGCUGACGCCUUUGUAUACGGUAGCUUUACUAGGUUAUGUCUACAAGUGUAACAAUCCAUUGGUGGAAAUAAAAGGUUUUUGUACAUUUAAGAAGGCUUGGUUAUUUGUGAGCGCACCGCAGCACUGUUGAUCUCGAUUCUGAUUGGUCAGAAGGUGUUGAUUUUUAAAAUGUUGGACGCCAGUUCUGGCAGUAAGGCAAAUAUGUUUUCGUUUUUUUAUAUUAACACCUAACACAGGGACUUGGACAUAUUAGCUACGAUCGACGCUCCAUACAAACUGUUUAACACAUUCGGAAGGAGUCUCCAGUGUCAGUGUUUUGUAACACUGACACUUCAAGAGAGAGAACUUUGCAUUUCCUCUGCGACGUGAUUUUAUUUUUGCAUUUUGAUUUUAUUCCUCACAUAGAUGAUAUUUGGUCUAGAAGUAAUAUGUACAGUAUACGACUUGUUCUGCCAGAGACGGCCAGCGCUAUUAAUGUUGCUAAGAAACAGGGAUAUUUAAAGCUUGUGGUCUUCUUUUAUGGCACGGAAGCUAUUUUUUUUUUAUCUGUGGCAUUAUAUCUCACGAAAGAGCCACCACAUCCUGCUGUGUGCACAAAUGGAGUAUCAUUGAGUGACAGAAUGAGCAGUAGGUUUUGUGGGAGGAAGUGGCUGCAUUGUUUGGUGCGUUUUUAUUUAUUUCAAAGAUUCUUUAUUCCACCUUCAGACACAUUUAUACAUAACUGUAUUUAUAGUUGUGCCCUAUUACAAACGGUGCAAACAUUCAGUGAUGCUCAAGAGCCGGGGGGGUGUAAACUUUUGAACAGGACGAACGGUGUAAAUUUUGUUUAAAGGUCUUUUUGUUUUUCAUUUACUACUGCCCUUCAGACGCUAAAUGAGAUCGUACUUUGCCUUCUGGGAGACAUGGAACUAACUAUUUACACCGAUCAUGCUGUUCAAAAGUUUACACCCCCCUGGCUCUUAAUGUAUGGUGUUGAGCGUCAGUGAAUGUUUGCACCUUAUGCAAUAGUCGUGUACGAGUCCCUUGGUUGUCCUCAGUGUGAAAAGAUGGAU